ACUCUCUUUAUUAUAAUCUGAUUGGGCAAUUUAUACCCUUGUUAAGUGCAACUUCUUUGAGUCAUCUUCUUCCAAAGUAGCGCAUUCUCUGUAAAAGUUUGAUCAAACUACAAAAGCCUGCAAAUUCACCAAACAAAAGAGAAAGAAAAAGAAAAGAAAAAAAAAAAAAAAAAAAAAGUGAUCGAAAAGGGUACUCUUGGUUUCAGUUCUUCAGCUCACAUUCAACAAUGGCAGACCUCGAAAAAGAUCCAAAUUCAAUUAAACUCAAGUUCCUGAAGCUUGGUUAUCACUGCUCAAUAUCCAACGCCAUGUAUCUCUUGAUUCCGCUCCUCACCCUGUUUUUUGCUCAUCUUUCUGCAGAAGAUUUUGUUCAUUUCUUCAGCCACCUCAAGCUCAUCCACAUGCUGAUCAUUACAGUAGUAAUCCCUGCAACCAUUUACUUGAUGGGUCGUCCAAGAAAAGUUUACUUGUUGGAUUUUUCAUGUUACAAGCCCGACCCGACUCUAAUCUGCAGCAGAGAAACGUUCAUGAAAAGAUCAGAGCUCACCGGGAGUUUCUCUGAAGAAAGUUUGGCGUUUCAGAAGAAGAUCCUGGAGAGGUCAGGGUACGGCCAGAAGACAUAUGCCUCGAAAUCCCUGCUGGAUGUCCCGAGGAACAUGAGCAUUGAGGAAGCGAGAAAUGAGGCGGAGAUGGUGAUGUUUGGAGCCAUUGACGAGUUGCUGGCAAAAACAGGGGUGCAGUGUAAGGAUAUAGGGAUUCUUGUAGUGAACUGUAGCAUCUUCAAUCCAACCCCGUCCUUGUCUGCCAUGGUUGUCAACAGGUACAAGCUCAGAGGGAACAUUUUGAGCUAUAAUCUUGCUGGGAUGGGCUGCAGCGCUGGACUUAUUUCUGUAGACCUUGCCAAACGCCUCUUGCAGGUGCAACCGAACUCCUAUGCCCUAGUGGUGAGCAUGGAAAGCUUGACUCUGAAUUGGUAUUUUGGCAAUAACCGAUCAAUGCUCAUCACAAAUUGUCUCUUCCGCAUGGGUGGGGCGGCGAUCCUCUUAUCAAACCGAUCAACUGACCGCCGCCGAUCAAAGUACCAACUCAUUCACACCGUUCGCACGCAUAAGGGAGCAGACGACAACGCUUACAACUGCAUUUUACAAAAAGAUGACGGCGCCGACGCAGUCGGCAUUGCCCUCUCCAAAGACCUGGUAGCCGUGGCCGGCGAAGCCCUUAAAACCAACAUCACAACUCUGGGUCCGUCGGUGCUUCCCAUGUCCGAACAACUCCUCUUUCUGGCGAACUUGGUCGGAAGAAAGAUGUUGAAGAUGAAGAUAAAACAAUAUGUUCCGAAUUUCAAGCUGGCUUUCGAGCACUUCUGCAUACAUUCAGGUGGGAGGGCGGUGGUGGAGGUGGUCGGAAGGAACCUCGGACUCUCCGAGUGGCAUUUGGAGCCGUCGAGGAUGACUCUUUACAGGUUUGGGAAUACUUCCAGUAGUUCUGUCUGGUAUGAGCUGGCUUACAGUGAGGCUAUGGGCCGGGUCAAGAAAGGCGAUCGGGUAUGGCAAAUUGCAUUCGGGUCAGGAUUCAAGUGCAAUAGUGUUGUGUGGCGUGCAUUGCGAACCGUUGACCCGGCAAAGCAGAAGAACAAUAAUCCGUGGAUGGAUGAGAUUCACGAGUUUCCUGUUCAUGUGCCUGAAGUUUCACCUAUUGCUAUGUAAAUCUUAUUUCCCAAUUCCCAUGCAAUAUAUUAUCUUUUUAUUAUAUUUUUUUAUUUUCUAAAGUUGAUGUAACUUUUAAAAUUAUUAUUGAACUAGAGGGAUUUAGUUCAAUGGUAAUUUUAAAAUUCAUAUUAACUUUAGAAUAAUAUAAGGAUGAUAAAGAGAUAGUAUAUAUAUAUAUAUAUAUAUAUAUAUAUUGUAUU